AACUAGAUUAUCUGUUCUACAAAAAAAUACUCCUUGCUUCUUUAUACCGCUAGAAGUCUCUUAUUGCAUACACCUCAACGCUAAAAUGAGCUCUAAACAACGGCGAAUGGACCAUUCUGAUGACGAAGGCACUCACCACAGUCGUGAUAAAUUUACGCGUGAACGUAGAAGUAGUCUUGAUCGUAGAGAUACUCUUAAAAGAGAUAAUAAUUCAUCACCUGAAGAUAGAGAUACAGCGAACUAUUCAGAUCGACGUUCUAAAAGGAGACGGUCCAUAUCGCCCGAUUCAAGGAGGCCACAACAACUUGAAGGAGACCAUUACAUUCCUAACUAUGAGAAGGAUGGUUAUACACCUGCCCCAAGAUACGUUGGCAGACCAGGGGAUAUGCGAUUUCCACCGCAUGGGUUUCCAGUCGGUUUAUCACUUG